CGGCCGCCUGCUCCUAGCCGCGCCCGGCCGAGCCCGGGAGGGCGCGGAGAGACUCAGCAGAGGAAGCGCAGCCAGCGCCGGGCGUCUGCGUCGGGGAGGAGCGGCGCGCGGGGAGCGAGCCAUGCCCGGCGGUUGGGAGUAGCCGCCCGGGCUGCCCGGGAGCCGCGGGCCAGGCCGGGUACGCGAGAGGAGCAGCCCCACACCGCGCCCACACGUGCCGAGGACCAUGCCGCCCCCGGGCCGGGCACCGCCGCUCCGGCUCCUGCUGGCGCUGACUGCGCUCCGGUGCCCAGUGAUGGAGUGCCGGGGAGCCGUGGACAGCCUGCAGAAAUUCUCCUCGCUCCCUACCUAUCUCCCCGCGAGCCUCCGCAUCGAGGGGGCAGAACGGUGCUUCUUCCUCAAGGAGGCCAACCAAGACCUCACGAGGAACGCCAGCCUGCAGGCCCGGGCCGAGUCCGUGUUCAUCCACCGCACGAGGACACCCCCUCUGGUCAACGCCAGCUAUGGCCCCUUCGCCGUGGAGAAGACAGUCCCCCCGGAGCUCCUGCUGCCUGCCACGCCCUUCACCCACUUGGAGAAUUUCCCCUUCAACUGGAGGCUGAAGGCUCACCUGCUGGACAGCUCCAUCUUUGCCAACAGGCCCAAAGUGCAGACCCUGUUUUACAUCACCGGCAUGGCCUGGGACGCCAGCGACCCUCCUGACAGCCUGCCCUGUGUCAAGAUGUUUGCGUUUCCUGAGGCCAGGGAGGUGGCGGCCAGCUGCCGGCUGCAGGGGGACCCAGGGCUGUGCGUGGCUGAGCUGGAGCUACUGCCUGAGUGGUUCAGCUCGGGUCUGGACCUGGAGCCGGAGGAAGAGGUCCCGGCCAGGCUAGGGGGCACGGCCAUGGAGUUGUACUUCACCCUCUACCCAGCCGACGAGGCAGGGGGCUGCCCGCUGGAGGAGGCCGGCAAGUGGGAGAACAAUAUCCACUCGGGCCAGGAGGGCUCCCAGCCGGCACUGCCCGCCCGGGAGAGGAUUGGGAGCGUGGUGGUCUACCCGACCCAGGACGACCUGAGGUGGUCCCCGGUGAGCCUGGACGAGAACGUGGUCAUCUCAGUGCCUCUGAACCUGGUCCGAGAAGGGGACACGGCCACCUUCCUCGUGUCUCUCACCAGCGGCUCUCUGGCAGACCACUUUACGCUCAGAAUCAAGGCUGCAGCGGGAGUGAAGAUCACAGCGGUCAGGGUCAGCAGUGAGGACCGCUGGGCUGUGCAGGAGGACAUAGAUAACAGCAGUGACCAGACCACGGCCACCCUCACCUGCGUGGGCCACCGUCCCGACCCGCAGAGCAGGGUCAACGGCUCCUUCCACGAGAUCCUGCAGGUGGACGUGGGCGUGGACAACAGCAGCAGCCUGGCCGGGGCCCAGCAGAUCACCUGGCAGGUGGAGUACCCAGCGGAGGACGCCGUGAGCGAGCUUCUCGUCUCCGAAAUCUUCGUCAGCCAGACCACCUUUGUGGGCAUCGUCCCUCUUGCGAUGGACGUGUCGCGGCACGUUGACACGGAUGAAGUGUCCGGCGGCCCAAUGGGAAGGCCGGAGUUGGAAAGAGAGUGGGCAGUACGGGUCCAGGUGCAGAGCGCGCGCCUGCUGUUGGGAACAAUGGCGCCAGGAGGCAUGCGCCACGCGGGGUUGCUAACGAAGCCCCCAGUCUGUCACGCGCACUGGAGCUGCACAGAGCACGCAGCCACGGGAGGCGCAAUAGAACGAGGUGGCACUUUACAGCACAGCCGCGCCAAGGAAGCCUUGAUUGGAGGGGGCAGCUGA